GCCACUUGCUUCAGAAGCAGUUAACUUCAUAGUCAACAAACCUUGACCAGGCACCUCAUAACAUUACCACUCAACCACGAACACUUCAAAAUAACUCAACAUGGGCGAACUAGACACCAAAAUCGAAACUUCUAACAUAUCAACUUCUUUCUCCAAAGCCACCGAUCCUUCCUCCACCGAGUUCCGCACCCUCACAGUCAAUAAUUUCAAACUCCACAACCUCUCACUUCUCCCCUCUGAUUCAACCACACCCCUCUUUCAUGUAACCAACUCCUCCUUCACCCCCAACAAACCCGACGUAACCAUCCACUCCCAAACCCCCUCCGGCCCCACCCUCGGCCUCCUAAAACUCAACACCCUAUCCCCCAACGUCGUCGCCCUCACCGACCUCUCCAACCCAACUCCCGAAACCUCCAACCUCCAAUGGGAGCGUUUCCAAAGCAUGAAAGACUGGUCGCACGCCCGCUACGAAUUCGAUUUCGUCGACGGGGAAACCGGCGAGAGGAGAACAUUCACGUGGUUGAAAACCAAGCAGGGGAUUUUGAAAGAUCAGCCAGAUAUGGAGUUGCGGGAGAAUAUUGGGGUGGGGGGAGAUAGGAGUGGUGGGGAGGCGAGGUUGGGAGAGGUGGUGUGGGCGGUUUAUGAGGGGUGUCAGGGGUUGUUUAGUAGGACUAGGGGGAGGUUUGAUUUGAGGAGGGGGGAGAAAGGGAGGGUUAGGAGUGUGAGGGAGGUGGCUGGGAAAGGGAUUGAGAUUGAUGAAGGGGGUGAGAAGUGGGGGGAUUGGGAGGUCAUGGUGCUUUUGACGGGGUGUGGUGCGAUUGAGACGGCGAGAAGGAGAAGUAGAGCUAGGAGGGGAGCCGGGGCAGCAGGUGGUACUGGAUGA